GCGAGGCGAGGGGAGAGUGGAGCUCCGGGCCGGGCGGGCCACCCCGGGCCACACCCCCCCUUGCGGGCGCCCGGCGGGGCUCGGGCCAGGCGGGGCGCCGCACAAAGACAUGCGGAGAGGGGCUGCGCGGGGCCGCGGCACAAAGACACCCGGGCUCCCGGCCGCGCGGGCUGCAGCCAUCGCCCCCGCGCCGAGCCCCGGGCAGCGCCGAGCAGCCGGCCGAGCGCACCUAGCCACCGGCCGAGCGCAGCCAGGGCCCGCGCCGGACCCCAGGCGGUCGAGCAUUCGGGGUGACCCAGCGCGCACGGGGGCGGCGGCGUCCUAGCCCAACUUGGCCUCGGCCUCGCCCUCUGCCCAGCCUGCUGCCUCUGGUGUCCCCUCCUUCCCGGGAUUUCGUUUCUUCUCACGCUCCCCCCCACACCCCUCCCGCCUCCAGCCCUGCUCUCCCCACCUUGUAAAACAAAGCCGGGGAAAAUGCCUGCCCGUGCAGCUCGGAGAGCGCAGCCCGUCUUGGAAUAAGGAGUGAGUACAAUGGCGUGUUGGUAACAAAAAAAAAAAAAAGGAAAGAAAGAAAGAAAGAAAAAGAAAGAAAGAAAGAAAGAAAGAAAGAAAGAAAGAAAGAAAGAAAGAAAGAAAAAGAGAGAGAAAGAAAAAAAUAAAAGCAUCAAGUCUGUUUAAACAAACAAACAAACAAACAAACAUUGUGAAUGCUGCAUGCCUCAUGCUUGCCAGCGCCUCGCGGGAGAGACCCGGCUAUACCGCAGGAGUGGCGGCCCCUGACUUGCUGGAUCCCAAGUCUGCGGCUCAGAACUCCAAACCGAGGCUCUCGUUCUCUGCAAAACCCACCGUGCUCGCUUCCCGGGUGGAGAGUGACUCGGCCAUUAAUGUAAUGAAAUGGAAGACAGUCUCCACGAUUUUCCUGGUGGUCGUGCUCUACCUGAUCAUCGGAGCCACGGUAUUCAAGGCACUGGAGCAGCCUCAGGAGAUCUCCCAGAGGACCACCAUUGUGAUCCAGAAGCAGACCUUCAUAGCCCAGCACGCCUGCGUCAACUCCACGGAGCUGGACGACCUCAUCCAGCAAAUAGUGGCAGCAAUAAAUGCAGGGAUUAUCCCCUUAGGAAACACCUCCAAUCAAGUUAGUCACUGGGACCUCGGAAGCUCUUUCUUCUUUGCUGGUACUGUUAUCACAACCAUAGGAUUUGGAAACAUCUCCCCACGAACUGAAGGUGGAAAAAUAUUCUGUAUCAUCUAUGCCUUGCUGGGAAUUCCACUGUUUGGUUUUUUGUUGGCUGGGGUUGGCGAUCAGCUUGGAACCAUAUUUGGAAAAGGAAUUGCCAAAGUGGAAGAUACCUUUAUUAAAUGGAAUGUGAGCCAGACCAAGAUUCGCAUAAUCUCUACCAUCAUCUUCAUCCUGUUCGGCUGUGCCCUCUUUGUGGCUCUCCCUGCAGUCAUAUUCAAGCACAUAGAAGGCUGGAGCGCCCUGGACGCCAUCUAUUUUGUGGUCAUCACUCUGACAACCAUCGGAUUCGGUGACUACGUGGCAGGUGGAUCAGACAUUGAGUAUCUGGACUUCUACAAGCCUGUGGUGUGGUUCUGGAUUCUUGUUGGGCUUGCUUACUUUGCGGCUGUUCUGAGCAUGAUCGGGGACUGGCUGCGGGUGAUAUCCAAGAAGACGAAGGAAGAGGUGGGAGAGUUCAGGGCGCACGCCGCCGAGUGGACAGCCAACGUCACGGCUGAGUUCAAGGAAACAAGGAGGCGGCUGAGCGUGGAGAUCUACGACAAGUUCCAGCGCGCCACGUCGGUGAAGAGGAAGCUGUCGGCGGAGCUGGCGGGCAGCCACCACCAGGAGCUGACCCCUUGCCGGAGGACCCUGUCGGUGAACCACCUGACCAGCGAGAGGGACGUCCCGCCGCCCCUGCUGAAGGCCGAGAGCAUCUACCUGAACGGCCUGACGCCGCACCGCGCCGGCGACGAGAUAGCCGUCAUCGAGAACAUGAAGUAGCGCUCUCGGAGGAGUCUGGGGGAGCCGCGGGGAGGGCGUCUCCAGGCUCUCCGUGACUGUCGCUGGUAGCCUUUAAGCGUUGUGCGAGAUGAGCUCACGGGGAAAGCACCUAGGUACAGCCGUCUGGUCACCUUGCUUGCAGGGAGCGUGGAGUUCUGAGGCAGCGCUCUGGGGAGCCCCCCUUCAGCCGUCCACCGGGUGGCGAGUGAUGGACAGGCAGUGUCCGAUGCCUUUUUGUGCCCAGACUGUUCCCCUCCCCCUCUUCCCUGACGUGCCAUAAGGCCUCUGAAAAGAAUUGGAAUGCUUCGGUAGUGAUCAGCCCUUGGUUUUUCAGGGUUCACCUAACUGAGCCUGGAUACUGACCGCUUAGGGAUGACAACAUUUCUUUCUGUAAAUGGCAAGAAGUUCUUACGCAGCCUUUUACCUAAGAAAUUUUCUGUCAGUGCCUUAUCUUAUGAAGAAACAAGACCCCUCUGGUGGGCUUGUGGUUCUCCUGCCCUGUCCUCACCCUGGGCUCGCCCCUGCUAUCUCUCACCCCCCCACUCCCCUCCCCGCAUACCUUACUGUGCCGGAAGCCAUGUGUAGCUUGAAGAAACAGAUGCCAGCCACGGGCACAGAAGCAACACAGAAGCUCUGGCGGCACAGGCACUGCAGAGGAAGGAAGGCAGGGAAGGCCCCUCUGAGUAUUUAUUUGACUGGGGUACCAAUGGUACAUCUAUAUAUAUGUACAGAGUAAUAACUACCAGGCCGGCAACCUUGGCUGCUUCCACACAGCCCCUUUUUUCCUGGCAGUAUUUGGGAUUUAUCACUUACUAUUAACUAGUCAUUUCUAAAGGCGGAAGACACGAGCACGUACGUCUACAGUCUAAGUGAUCUAAUAGGAGAGAGCUGUCCACACUGGUAUUGCAAGGUGACUUCAGGCCAUUGGUACGCGCUCGUUCUGCUGAAAAGAACAUAGCAAAGCCAAGUGUUACGUGUAUUUGCUAACGAGCGGCUCGCUGUCAGCUCGGAAUAGCCCACGAGGUGUAGAAGGCUUACAUACUUUUCUUGAGUGGUUCUUGCCAAAGUGGAGGAUGGGGUGAUGCCCUUAAGUGGGGGGCCAGCCCCAGCCACCCUAGCGUCCCUCUCCAGCACAGAUGCUGGACUCGGGAUCACUGUGAGUUUUGCACGUGGAAAGACGCAGACUGCCAACCUACACCAUCUCUAACAGGAGAGAAAAUGCUGAGUAGCACAAUUUAAUCCCCAGAGUUAUUUUUUUUUAAGAUAAGAGAAGACUGACGAUUCAUUUAAUUUAAAUUUAUAGCCUAUAAUUCUUUUGGAUGUUUCAAGAUUCAGAAAAAAAUCUCAGUACCUGCAUCUACCAAACUGCUACCCUUUCCUUUAUUUUCAUACUCAUAUCUACUGAACACUGUAUAUAUAAUUUUUAAAGUGCAGAAGGAAAAUGAUUCCUCUACAUGUAAUCGCAAAACUGAUUUCUUUUCCUCUUGGGGAGGGAUGGGCAUACGUGAACAACUGGCCUUCAGAUUAAAGUCUUAAGAAAUAAAACCCAGGAUGUUUAGAAAAUCUAAAAGAUUCAUAUUUUCCAAAAUUUAAAUUUAAGCUAAAAUGUAAAUAUCCAGUUAGCUUGCAGAGAGUACUUUUAUAGACCUAUAAAAGUUCUAACCAAAAUUUUAGAAAGUCGGGCUCCGUUAUAAAGAAAGCUACACCCGUUUCUUCAAUAACCAUUCUGAAAACUGAUAUGGUGGGAUGCACCACGUAUAAACUGUGAACCGGACGGACAAAUAAAGUUUGUAUUUAAAAAUCA